CACUCGCAGCGGUAUAUUCCUCUGCAUACCCCCCUGCUCAUUGCCUUCCGCUCCAGGAUUCGUUCAGGCGCGCAUUCUGCUCGCCACCAGUCCGUUUUUCGUUUUUCGCGGAUAGGAGACGCGACGUGUUUUUCGCCGCGUGGCCCGUCGGCUCGUCGCCAUUGGAUUCGAUCCGCUCGUCACUGCCAGAUCAGAUCGCAUCCUGUAGGCGCAUCUUCGCGCGAUCCACGUGUCAGCGCCGCAAUGGCUAAGUCCGCGGCUGCACCGCCACCCUCCAGCACUAGCACCAGCGGGAGUACCAGCACCAGCGCCAGCGCCAGCGCCAGCGGCGGCGGCGGCGGCGGGAGCGGAGGCGAGAUGUCGACGAUCGACGCGGUGGCGGCGGGGGCGGGAAGCUGCAUCGGGCUGGCCGUUGGCUCCGCGAUUAGCGGUGGUGCCAUCGGCGGACUGUUCGGACUGGUGUCGGGUUUGUUCCGCCGCGAGGGCUUUAAGAAGGCCAUGUCCGAGGCUGGUGCUUCCGGCCGGACCUUUGCCAUCAUGUCGGGGGUGCACUCGCUCGUCUCCGCAUCCCUCAAGAAGAUCCGCAACAAGGAUGACGUGAUCAACCAAGCCGUAGCUGGGUGCGCCACCGGCAUUGCUCUUGGCUGGGGAGGCACGCCUGUGAGCAUGCUGCAGAAUUGUGCGGGCUUUGCCGUCUUUGCAUUCAUUUUUGAGGGCAUGAACCCGCCGGCCCAGCCUGCAAUAGCGGCAGAGAUGCACCUGCUGGGACUGGGACUCCCCCCACACGAAUGCAGCAGCGGCAGCAGCACCAGCAGCGGCUAUUGCAGCAGUGGCAGCAAGCAGUGCGAGUGCAAUGGCGACAUUUGUGGCUCUUGCUCCUCCUCGUCCCCCUCCGCUUCCUUCUCCCGUUCCCUGGCUAUUCCUGCUGACUGUGCUGCUGACGCCACAUGCCGAAGCAAUGCCAGCAGCAGCAGCAGCAGCAGCAGCAGCAGUACUGGUACUAAAAGUGUCUCGCCCGUGCACCGGCACGAGGCACGCAGGCCUUUCAACAGCAGCAGCAGCAGUGGCAGUGGCAUCAGCGGUGGUUCCUCAGUGUUCUGCGCGACCCAACAGCUACCGACAGUCCUGCCGCUCUCGCUCUCGCUCCCACUUGCUGCUCAGUUCACCUUGGCCCCGUAUCACGCCUGUCAAGACCGCCUCUGCUGCUGACUGACCCCCUCCCCCCUCUCCCCCCUCUCCACCAUCCCCCCUGCAAGAGGCUAGAGGAAAGGUACUGGUAAUUCAGUACCAACAUGUUAUCUGCAGCAGCGGCAUUUGUGCUUGCCUUUUAACGCUGCUUAGAAUCACAACCCUGGAGCCCAGGGUGGGUCAUCUGAUGUGAUUUAGAAUUGUUUUUGCUCCUGUUCCAGUGUCAGCGUUAGGGAAGCAUGUGGAGAUCUUUCUUCUGAUAUCAUAUGCCACUUCCCUGUCGUACAUUGCUCAAAUGGUGCUAGGAAUACACCGCACUAAAAAAAUGGAGCCCGG